AUGGUUAUUAGAAAACUUAAAUCUGCGACAGAAAACGAUGUUUUGGAAUCUGUUCCAAAUUCUACGAAAUCUUGCCAGCCCUCCUUAAUUAAUCAGUCUUUGAUUUUUUCGGUUGUUAGAAGGGUUGUGUGGUAUCCUCUGGUGCCAUUAAUUGUUCAAUUUUUUAACUCUUUACUUGAAACCUACGCUUAUACUCAUAAAGUGGAUAUUAAAUUAAAUUUGUGGAUCUCUAAUGUUAACCCUUAUGAGUCGCAAUAUCCUCAUCUAUCUCACAACAAAGCAAUUGGCAAUGAAUUCAGUAUGACUAUAAAUUGCAAAAAGUCUGAUAUCAUUAAGAAAAAUAUUAUUAGUGACGAUAUUGCCGAUAUUAUCAACUAUAUGGUAUUGAUUAAACUUUUCUCGGUUCCGAGAUUUUCUUCUCGAAUAAUAUCUCUUAAACUUUUAUCACCGACCAAUUCUUCUGAAAAUAAUCAAAAUAACGAUUCAAAACGUGAUUCCAAACAGGAUAUUAUUCUUAACAAUCAAAAUAACCCAACUAAUAUAAUCAAUACAAAUAGUGUACAUGAUCCAUUUAAUUCCACUAUAAAUGAAGUACAUGAUUCAACCUAUACAGCUAAUGUGGAUGAAAGACAGAUUGAUAUUAUGCCUGUUAAUGAUGAAUCAACAAAAAGUGUAUCAGAUGAAUUGACAAAAAUAUUUAGUCCAGAUAUCCAUUUAUCUGAGGAAAUUGAAUCGUGUAAACUAAUGUUAAGAAAAAUAUAA